AUGAUGCAUCCAAUGGAUCAUCAUGAUAAUUUACAAAAUAGUACAAAUAAUGUUAUAAAACAAGACAAUAAUAGCAAUCAAUCAAGUCCAAUACCAUCACCACCACCAUCAACUAAUAUACGUAUCAAUAGUACUUUACGAGUUAUAACAGUAUUAGAUGAUAUUCGUAUUGGUAAAGUUGUGGCAUAUGAUCCUCCAUCUAAUUUAGUUACAUUACAUAUAAAAGGUACAAAACCAGGUUCAACAUCUGUAGCUGUUAUUAAUCUCAAUCAUUGUCGAGAAUAUAUUAUUGAACAAGAACCAAAAGAUGAUACACUUGAACCACUUUAUCCUAUUGAUAUUAGUAAAUUAAAAAAACGUCAAAUGGAAAAUGAAGCUGAAAAGAAAAAAGAAGCAUCAUUUAUUAAUAUAAAAGCAAGUGCAAAUGGUCAAGCACUUUUUCGACUUAUAAAAAAAACAAUGAAUCAAGUAAUUCGUUGGUCAAAUAAUGAUAUUCUUAUUAAUAAUACAGUACGAAUUGUUGAACCAUAUCGUGUAGAAAAUGUUUCAAUUGAUACUCCAAUACAAACGAAUAUAACAAUUGCUAAUAAAAUAACAACAAAAGGUGAUAAUGAUACUAAAACACAUAUUAUGAAAUUGGUGGAAAAAUUCUGGUCUGAUCAAACAAAAUUAGCUUCCAAUACUGAUUUAACACGAACUAAAUCUGAUAGUUUAAGUAAAACAACAAUUGAUUCAACAGCAUCAUCAAUACCUUAA